UCCAGAGAGAGAGAGAGAGAGAGAGAGAAUGGAGGGUUUGAAAAGUAGAGUUAGGUGGUUGAUGAUUUUGAUGGUGAUGAUUAGAAUGCUGCAUGUUGAUUGCAGGCAGCCUGUGCUUCAUAAAGUUGGAGGGGGAAGGUUCACUUGGGCUCCCAAUAUUAACUUCACAGAGUGGUCUAGUCACGAGAACUUCUAUGUGGGUGAUUGGCUUUAUUUUGGGUUUGAUAAGUAUACCUACAAUGUUCUUGAGGUGAACAAGACUAGCUAUGAUAAUUGCAUUGACAAAGAUUUCAUAUAUAAUGUUACAAGAGGCGGGCGGGACGUGUAUAACUUGACGGAGGCGAAUACAUAUUUCUUUCUCAGCAGCCGAGGUUACUGCUUUGAGGGAAUGAAGGUGGCUGUUCAAGUUCGGGAAGUCCCACCAGAACCACUUCUGCUUAACCAUGGUUUUCGAUCAUACGUCUACAUUCAUGCUAUUCUACUAGCAACACUUGCCACUGCUUGUGCAUGCAUACUUCCCUUCUAGUUAAAUGACAUUACCAGCAUGCAUGAGUUGAGGUAGUGGGAACAAAUAUACUAGAGCCUAGCUAGCCUCUGAUAUUGUAGAUUUAAUGGUUCUCAAAACUCUAGUUAUUUAGCUCUAUGCAAAGCCACUGCACUACUUUGCAUCUAAAGAGAACACGAGUAAGGAAUGAUAUUCAAAAUAAGGCAAAGCUAUCUAAGAUGUACCCCAAACCACACAAAGAAGCUGCUACUUUCAAUCUUCGCAUCAAUAACCUACUUUCUCAUGCCCCGAUUGGCUAGCACAGAGCUUAAAGCAUAAAUUUCAACU